AGAUCUGCAAGGCACCAAAGGCGCGCUUGACAUUGCAGCCAUGGCCUUGAUGGAGUCAGCAGCUCGAGCAGUUCCGCUGAACGAAAAUUUCAACGCACCCAAACCAAGCCCCCAGGGCCAGCCAGGCAGGCCUCUAGGGGCACAGCUCUGCAGAUGGAAACGUCAAAUCCUAGGCCUUGGGGUCGUGACGGUGACUUUCCUCAUUUGUUGGCAGAACAGGUCCUUUGAAUGGCCUCAAGCUCCACGGGAUGUGUCUAGCCAGUCUUUUGGACUGCCUGGACACCUGGCUGGAGUGAAUCUGGGUGGCUGGUUGUGCUUGGAGGAUUGGUUCUACUCGGGUGACUCGGGCACGCAUGUUUCAACCAUGGACCAAGACGUCCAAGGCCGUUGUUUACCUCCAGCGGUCAGCUCAAUGCCUUGGACCUCUGAAGGCAAUCCCACGUUUGAACUCAACAAGACGAAGGGCUACAACUUUACUAUCCAAGCCUUCACUUCCCACCGACAUUCUUUCAUCGGUGAGCGAGAUUUAUCGGCCAUAUCUUCCUUGGGCCUACAGAUGGUACGUUUGCCCAUCACCUGGGCAGCAUUUGCAGAUGCACUGGCACCUUUGGAUCAGAAUGUCUAUGGUUCCCACAAUCCUUUCAAUGAGACCAUCCUUGUGCCGGAUCCCUUCUAUGUGGAUCGUGCAGCCUUUGCCACCAUCCCACGAGAUUGGUUGGCCCAGUUCUUGGUCCGUUGCUCAAGGCAUGGCAUUCGCGUCUUGAUUGAUCUGCACGCGUUUCCGGGAGGUUCUUCGCAAGGCACUUACAAUGGCGUUUGGCCUAACAAGCCCGCCUUUUGGAAGAACAAGAGCCAGCUGGGCAAAACCAAUCUUUCGCAAGUCGGCUUGUGGAUAGUCAGUGCAGCAGUGAAAUGGCUGGAAGACUUGAGUGAGGAAGCGAAAGCAGGCUUGGUGGGAAUUACGCUGAUGAACGAACCUGCCCACCUGAACUCUGGGUUGCACUUUGCAGAGGAAGACGAUGUCUUGAAGUGGCUGGCCGACGCGGCUCAAAUCUUCCGUAUUUCCAGCCUACCUCAGGAGGGGAAGAAAUUGUACAUGCAGAUGAUCGACACUGCAUUCCAGAACUUUACCCACACCGUGGUGCCGUGGUUCUUCGACACUUUCUCCGAUUCAGAGCGAUUCAGUUGGGUGGUGGCAGAUCAGCAUUGGUACACUGCUUGGGAUUCGAAGAAUUGCGAUAUGCGAACAGAUGAAGCUGGUGGACUCACUUGUGACACACCAUUGGAGACCAUCAGAGGUGAGUUGUUGUGA